AUGGAUCGGAGCGACGGUAUGGCGGCCUCGCCCGACUUGGACCUGGGCCGGCCUCAAUCGCAGGCGCGCCUAUGGUUUGAGCCUCUGGUAAGCAUCUGCCUUCCUCCCACCGCAACCACGUUUCAGACAUGUCGAAUGCCCGCAGAGCAAGACCCACACCACAUCCGGCGAGCAGACGGGAGAACGCUGACCUGUGUAGUUGAUCGUGCUCAUCAUGUUCGCUUCCCUCUACUUCAACCGCGAUUCAUCCUUUUCCGUCUUCCACUCGCGAAACCGUCAUGACGACACGGCUUCAUUAAUCAAGAGCAAUGGCGACUACUUCGAGGACAGCAGAACAUCGUCCCGAUCCACCAGUCCCGACCCGCCCACGCAGAAGGACAGCCUCGACGUCCCGCGCAGCAUCUCGCCUCUGCCAUGGACCGAAUAUCCCACCAAGAUGAACUUCCCCUCGCGCAUCUUGCAAAAGUUCCCCUUCCUCGUCGAGAUGUUCUACUGGGCGCUGAACUACGUCGCAUACGCCAUGACCAAGAAGGCAGGAGGGGCGCUGUAUUCGCGAUACGGCGGAGACCAGGUCACUCAGCUGGCUCAGGAGAACGGCAUCAACAUCUUGACUCUGGAGCAUGACACCCCUCUGCGCCUCUUCUUCCCCGUCACCGAAGUGGCUUUCCAGCAAUUCUUCCUCAAGGGACAUCUCGGAGUCCUCAGCUUCUUCAAUCAGAUCUACUCCCUUGUGCAUAUUCCGGGCACAGUAGCGUAUGGCUCCCCUUGAUUCUCCCAGCUGACGGCGCUGACCCAGCUCUGCACAGAUUCCUAUCCUGGUGGUACUUCCGCGCCCCCUCGCACGACGUCUUCGCCCUCGUCCGCCGCACCAUGACCUUGGGAAAUUUCUCAUCCUUCUUCAUCUUCUCUCUCUACCCCUGCAUGCCUCCGCGACUGCUCCCGGAAUCGUUCGGCUUCCGCGACACCGUCCGACAAGACCACGCCGAAUCCGUCUGGGCGGGAGGGAACAACGUGAACCAGCUUGCUGCCAUGCCCAGUCUGCACUUCACGUACGCAUUCAUCAUCGGCUGCACCUUUCUGUACCAGAGCGGCGCAUUGCAGGCGUGCCGAGGCUCAAGAGGCGUGACGAGAAAGAAUCCCGUGAUGAGCUUCGGAUAUAUUGUCGCAGGCGUCGUGUACCCACUCCUGGUGCUGAGUGUGAUCGUCGCAACAGCGAAUCAUUACUGGCUGGACGCGGUGGUCGCGACAUUCAGUGUAGCACUCUCGCUGCUCUGCAACCGCGUCUGGCUCGCUCUCAUUCCACUGGAGCGACUCUUCUGCCGAAUCUUGAGGUUGCGGAAACCUACACCGACAACGGCGAGGAGCAGGUCGAGAGAGGAGCCGCCGAGGCCGAGGAUUGUUAUCGAUUUAGCGUGA